GGCGACGCCCAACACCUAGAGCAUGGCUCCGACACGGCGAAAGGUCUUGCCCUUGCUUUCGAGNNGGAGGGCAAGGACGCCGGCUUGAGCGACGCCCAUCUUUGUAGCGAAGAGGACAACAAGCGUAUUCUACGAAAGACCGAUCUAUGGAUGCUCUCGCUGCUCUGCAUGCCACUGACUCCGAGAAACAGUAUCAUCGGUCUCACCGCCGUCUAUGGCCUCAAGAAAGAUGCCAAACUCAAGGGCAACGACUACUCCAACAUCGGCAACAUUGGUUACUACGCACAACUCGCUGUCCAACCCAUAGCUGCAUGGGUACUCGUCAAACUGCGAUACCGACAAGUAUUGCCCGUUAUCAUCACCUGCUGGGGAAUCUCAGUCGCUGCCGGACUUGGUGGCUCUCGCAAUUAUGCUGGCCUCCUUGCCUCGAGAUUUUUGCUUGGAGCCUUCGAAGCCGCUGUGGUGCCUCUAUUCUCCAUGAUCACUAUUGCUUUCUAUAGACGCUCGGAACAGCCAUUCCGCGUUGCCUGCUGGUACAGCUGCUACGGUCUGAGCACUCUUAUUAGUGCACCCAUUGUCUACGGCUUCGGACGUGUUAACUCUUCCACACUGUACCGUUACCAAGUGGUCUACCUCUUCUUCGGUCUCUUGACCAUCUGUGUUGGACUCAUCACUUACUGGUGGGCACACGACAGCCCUGGAGAGGCCCGCUACCUUUCUCCUGAAGAUCGCCUCAAGGCUGUUGACCGUGUGAAGGCCAACCAGCAAGGUAUUGUCUCGCACAAGUUCAACUGGAAGCAAGUCGCCGAGGCUUUCACAGAAUUGAAGUACUGGCUUUUCAUGAUCAUGGUCAUCGCAGUCAAUGCCGGUGCUUCCGUAUCAUCGGUCUUUGGCUCCAUCAUUCUCCAGAAUCUGGCUGGCUUCACACCCGAUCAAGCCGUCCUGCUCAACAUGCCAUCUGGCGCUCUCCAAUUUGUUUCGAUCCUCGGUGCUUCUUAUCUCGCCUACCGCUUCAAGCGCAAGUCACCAUUCCUGCUCGCUCUUGUGUCAAUCGUCAUUGUCGGAGUUGCUUUGAUGGUUGCGCUCCCCAAGACCAAGAAUAACAAGGGUGGUCUGCUUGCCGGAUACUACCUUAUUGCGUUCGUGUAUGCCAUCAACCCUCUGCUCAUCUCAUGGAUGGGAGGCAACUGCGCUGGACAGACCAAGAAAGCCAUCUACUACACCUCCUUCAACGCUGGAAACUCCAUUGGCAACAUUAUCACGCCUUAUAUCUUUGACUCCAAGUUUGCACCUCAAUACGUAAAUGCUCUCAAGGGUAUAUUAAUCAUUUGGCUGAUCCUUUGGGUGGUCGUCGUCCUUCAAAUUUUCAACAUUAUGUGGAUCCAGAAGAAGAAGGGUAACCAGCGCGAAGCAGCAGGGCUCCCUAGAACUUUCGAGGACCUCUCGAUGAGCGACAAGUUCCAUGAGGCUGGCGCCGAAGUUCACGGCGAGAACGGUCUGCAGGAUAUGACGGACAAGCAGAACCUUUACUUCUCGUACCUUCUGUAG